AUGGAAGAAAAAUUGAAGCAAUUAUUGACCGACAAAUCUGCUGUUGAAGACAAGGAUAUUUCUACCUUGUUUAAGAUCUUUCAAAUCGAACCUUCAACUUCUCAACGUUCAAUAUGUUUACAACUUGAAUCUGCAAAGGAUGUAAAGGGAACAGUUCAAUUAAUUUGUUCAAAUGCUACAGGAGACCAUUUUUUUGUCGAUUUAUUAAUUGCACAAUUCUCAAAUAGAAAUAAUUCUGAAUUUGUCUCGUUUGUUUCAAAAACUGCAAACAAACCAUCGAUGCGAGCAGUAUGUCAACGGAUAAGUUCAAUUAUGGAAAAAUGCAGAAAAGAUGAAGAUCGCAAAUUAGAAAGUCGAGUUGUUUUGCUUGUUUCAUUAAUCGCUUCAUGUUCUUCUUUGCGUAUUUCAAACGAUGAAAGCCGUCAAUGGGUCUCAUUUUUGGCUAAUAAAACAAACACUGACGAUGUGUCGCUCAAAAUUGCGCUAGCCACAAUUUUGGCAUCUCCAAAUUUAAUGCUGGACCAAGUGUCUUUCCGUGAUGAAAAAAUUGGAAAAAGUCUGAGUUCGUUCUUUUCUUACCUCCAUUCACUCAUUCAAAAGCCUGAAUAUGCCCCUCUCAGCAAUGUAAUGAUUCUUAUUUAUGUACAUUUGGUUACUGAUAAUGCUGAAGAUUUGUCAAUAUUGCUCUCUAAUAUACUCGGACAUAAAGUCCCAAAAACUCUCUCAAAACAACCUUUUGUCAAAGAACUCUAUAUUGGGAAUGCAAUAAAUCAACAAGAUGUUGCACAAAAAGCAGCUAAUAUAAACAUAACAAAACGUUUGAAUGCAACAAUGUCUGGAUACUUGCCUGUACAUUGUAUUUGUGCGAUGCUACAUUGGCGUUCUUUUUCGAAAUAUAGUACUUCAAUAAAUGAAUGGGUCAAAACACAAAUGCUUGAAUGUCAUACACCUAUACAUCCAAUAGUGCCACAUUUACUAGAAAAUUUUGCUAGUAGUUGUAUUCCAUCAGAAACAUAUCCUCAUUUUAAUCAAUCAAUUGAUGAACAAUUUUUUCAGGAAAUUUUUUCUGGUGAAAUUUUUGAUGAUUCCAAGCUUGUUAUCCGAAUACUUUCACUCGCUUUUCUUAUUUCUUUUACUUUCAAAUUGGAUUCGUCUUCAAAUAAGGAAGGAGGAACAAUUAAAACACCCAAAGCUUAUAGUCAAUCAUUAUGGAAAUCUAUUCCAAUUCGUUAUUUGUUAAUUGUGGCAGAUAUGAGACAUUCAGACUUUCAACACAUUCGGCUAAUGUUACAGAGAUAUUUGGUAUUAAGCCUUCCCCAUCUACUUCCAGAGCAAAUACAUUUUGACUCGUUUAAAGGCCAAACUACACAUAUUUUUACUCGUGGAAAGAGAGGUAUCGUCCCCGUUUCUGAAUUCAAUUGUGCCUUGGAAGAUGCAACCAACGGACGUGGAUUCUUUAAACUUUCAAAAUUAACUGAUUUAUUGUUUAAUCUGCCAAUUCAGUCACAAAUGCCUCAUUUUGAAAAUAUUUUGCAAGCGAUGACUGUAUCGUUGGAUGAAGAGCGUUGGCCACGUGCAUUAGUAGAAAAAUUGGAACUUUUGUGGGAACGUUUUGAUAGCGUUCUCCCUCGCCGUCUACACGAAGAUACAAUCCGUUUAUGGCUCAAAUCUCCUCAAGCUUCACAAAUUCCAAAUUUAGAUGAUCGGGACAACGAUUUUAUUAUAUCGCAUACUCCAUUAAUUUUAUUCAGAGCGGACUCUCGUGUUUUUAAAAGUCCACCACAUUUAAAAUGUUUUUGCCGUUUAUUAGCUUUUUAUUUGGCUGCAAGUAGAGAUGCAAAUUAUCUUAAAUUAACGAGGGCAAUUGCUUAUAAUACGAAAAGUGAAAUGGCAGAAAAAGAAGAAUUACUUCGUUCAUUCAUUGGAACACAGCGUUUAGCUGUAGUUCAAGUAUUUAUUGAAUUGUGUGAUGGAAACCCCAAAGAUAUACCUAAUUUGGAAGAAAUUCAACAAAUUUUAUGUUCACAAAUACAUCAAUUUUUUAUUGCAGAUACUCAUUUGCCUAAAUUAGUUCAUUUUAAUAUGUACCCAUUAAGAUUAAUACCAGUUAUAGUCAAAAAAGUUCCUUCAACUCAUGUUUUAAUUAAUUCUAUAAAUGAACUUCUUACUGGAGGAAAUUUGGAAAGGCGUAUUUUUACUAUUGUUUUGAUGACUGAAUUGUUGGAAAAUUACAAAAUUCCACCGGCUUUUGCUGCCUUAACUCUAAUAUCUGAUUUAUUGGACACUUUAAUCUCAAAUAUUAUCAAUGAAGAAUUUAUUAUUUUAAUGUUAAAUAUAACAAAUUCAUUGGCACGUUUAAUAAUGCUUUCACCCUUCCAUGCAGAACAUUUUUUGGCAACAAUUUAUAGAACAAGAAAAUUAGCAUUAAAUAGGCUUGCAUUAUAUACAAGUUAUACAAAAGCUAGAAUAUCCCCGGAACAAAAAUUAAUUGAAAUGAUAGAUAAGGUUUUAGAAAAAUUACCUAAAUUACCUGAAUAA